CCGAGCCCGGCCCAAACAAAGGACUGACGCAGUAGUUGAUCGAACAGCAUCCCCGAAAGACUUCCAUCUUAACAGUUUUCAUCGCUGACCCUCACAAUUCCCAAAAAACCCCCCAAAUCCACAAAAAUGGAUUUACGUAUUCCGAACUACAUUCGAUCGAAUCCCCACGUGAUUAACGUGAUCAACGGAGUGAAUAAGCGUGGAUUUUCGUUCCUCGAGAACGACGAGGAGAAAAUCAAGUUUACGGUGCCCUAUUUCGAGCUGUUCCUGAACACAGCGACAUUUCCAACCGAUGAAAAGAGCACCGAGAAGUCGAUUGCAUUCAGAGAGGAGGGGAACAGCGAAUUCGUCUCGAAUAUUUACUCUAAUCUCGAUAAUAUCAUCGCUAUUUAUACGAAGAGUGUUGCAUACUCUCCAGGCGAUACAAAAGAGUUGGCCCUGGCGUACGCAAAUCGCAGUGCUGCAUUAUUCAAGGCGAGGGCCUACGAGGACUGCCUCUUGGACAUUGAGAAGGCCCUCGGGAGUGAUCUCUACCCGGACAGACUGCGUGCCAAAUUACUCGUGAGGAAGUGCAAGUGUCUUUAUGCUUUGAAGAGGUCUAAUGAGGCUGAGUUCAGGAGAACGACUCUCGCUGUUUCCCAGUGGCUGGGGAAAAUGGACCCCAAGGACUCGAGUAGAGAGACCAUUCGGGCUUUUUUGGAGAGGCCCAAGGCCGACGAGUCGAACAAGGACGUGGGGGAACCCUUCAAGAAGUGGCCCUGCGAGGAUUAUUCACCUGAACUCUUGGAUGAGAGUGCAUCACUCCCGGGGAUUUCAUCGGGACUGAAGUUGAAGUAUUCGGAGGACUUUGGAAGGCACUUCGUGGCUGCCAAGGACAUCAAACCUGGGGAAAUUCUUGGGGUCCAGAAGCCUUACGCCAAGGUCAUCUGUCCGGAAAUGUUCUAUAGGCUGUGCUGGCACUGCGCAGGUCAGAUCAGGGCUGGGAUCCCCUGCAGAUCGUGUGUCUAUGCGGUAUUUUGCGAUGAGGAAUGCAGGAGGAACGCUUGGAGGGAGUAUCAUGACAUGGAGUGCCUCAUUUUGCCUCUCGUACAGGCGCAGGAGGUCGAUCACGUCUUUCUCAUGGCUUUCAGACUGAGUAUUCUGGCGAUGAAGGAGGCUGGGGGCAUCGAUGGGGUCAAAAACGUUUUGAGGAAGAUUGAGUCUUGUUCAGAUUCAUUGACAAAAGGCUUUGUGAAAGGUAUUCUACAUCCAUCCGAAUUCUCGAGUAUCUGUGGCCUGAUGCAGCACGCUGACAAACGAUCCCCAUUCGCCCAAUUCUGGUGGUCAUUCUCGUCUCUAUUCAUCUCGAUUCUUAUUGUUCGUAGCACUGAAGCCAUGAGGGAAUAUGUGAUUGCUGAUAUCGUUUGUGCAGUCAGUAGAGAGGACUUCAUCUCUGUGGCUGCACUGAUUUUCAGGAACAUGCAGAUUGCAGCUAACAACGGCUACUUCGUGACAUCAGAGAAACAUGGAAAAACAGUGAAUCGAUAUUUUGCUAUCACUCCAGCAUUUUCCCUGUUUAAUCACAGCUGUCACGCAUCAGCUGGAUUACACGAUUUCAAGAACAAACUCGCUGUUUAUGCACUUACACCCAUCAAAGCUGGCGACCAGGUAUUCAUCAAUUAUGGAUGCGAUUUCCUCUCUCACACGAGGACUGAGAGACGAGAGAAGUUGAAGAUUGAGUACUGUUUCAAUUGCAAGUGCAUUGCGUGCGAGAAUGAUUGGACUUCUGAGGAUUGUCAGUCAUAUCAGAAACAAGAAUUAUCCCUGAUUGGAAGAGCAACGAUCAACGAGGUGCUCGCUGGAAGGGACCAGAUGCUUCGAACGAUCUUCAACGAGUCUCUGGAAGGAAUAAACUUCCCAUUUCGCAUAUCCAAACUCGUUGAUUGCAUCGUACACUUCAACGAGCACGCUCGUGCCCCUUGCAAGGAACUAAUUGAGUUGGAGAAAUCAUUGAACAGAGCCUUUCGUUUCUACGGGAAUCGUUAUGAAUCGCUGGAGUAAACGUCCAUUGGUCUUGAAAACUGGCAAGGUUUCAGUGUUAUCAGUUAUUUAUUAUGUUUCAUUGGUAAUUUCAAUUUCUACGCAAUUUCUUAUCUCUCAUGUGCUAACAGUAUGAGUAAACAUAAGUCUUCGGUGCAGUAGAAUUUGAAAAAAUAAUACUACAUCGAUGAGGAACAAAAAUAUUUAUUGGAUGGCGCACAAUACAUUGAAGUAUUAGAUUUCUUUCCUCCAACUGCAAUUGGGUUUUUCCAUGGAAUUUUUCGCCUACAAUAAGAUAACAAAAGAUGAAAAAAACAGGGAAGAAAAAAAAAUUAUGCAAAUCCCAAUAAUUACAUUUCAUGCAUUAUUGUAUUUCCAUGUUUAUACAGCUCCAGUUCAAUAAAAACAAAGCAUUAAGAUUGAAA